AUGGCCCACAAUGCCUUGUCGAACGAGGAAAGGUCAUCUUGGCGGACGAUGCCGCAUAAAGACCAGCUGAUAGUGCUGGGUCUGUCUCGGCUGGCGGAGCCCCUCACGCGAACAAGCUUCGGUACCUAUAUUUACUAUCAAAUCCAGUCUUGGGAUCCUACGCUCUCGUCAGCCGGCAUUGUACGCCAGGCCGCAUGGCUGCAGACGGCCUUGACAACCAUGGUGAUGCUUGUCAGCCUGCCCAUAAGCCGGCUCGCCGACUCUCCCAGAGUCGGGCGCAAGGGCGUCCUGUUGAUGAACUUGGGCGUGCUCGGCACAAGCACAAUCUGCUUCGGCUUCACGCGCAGCUUCACCCAGGCCUUGAUGCUUCGCAUCCUAGAAGGCACCUUUAGCGGCGGGACGGUUGUAGUCCGCACCAUGAUCCCCGAGAUUGUGCCCGGAAAGAAACACCGGGUUAAAGCCUUUCUGAUGCUACCACUGGCUUUCAACGUCGGCUCCCUGAUUGGACCACCUAUUGCUGGACUCCUGGUCGAGUAUGCGCGGAGUCACGCGGCAGAGAACGAGUUCCUGGCGCGCUGGACAUACGCGCCGCCGAUGCUGAUGACAGGAAUCGUCAUUCUCUUAAGCUUUCUGGCCGUAUUUUUCCUCCUGGAAGAGACAUUACCUGCCUUGGCGGAUCAGUCCGACGCUGGGAUACGGAUCAAGAAGACUAUCGUUAACCUCUGGCAUUCCGAGAGACCCCGCAAGAUGGGCAAGGUGCAUUAUGAGGCAUGGGACGCGCGAGCCUCGGACGAGUCCCAGGAUCUGGAUCCGUUGUUGCCGGAAGGUGACAGCGGCGAGGCUCAAGACGGCACCGCGGCAGCUGCUCCUGAUAAUGCCGCAAAGCCCCUGCAUUCUGGCAAGAUACCGCUUCGGAAAGCUCUGACGGCAAAUGUUCUGCUCGCUACCAGCUGCCAGGCCAUACUCGAUGGCCUUACCGCGGCUUAUAAUACGCUGUGGCCACUGUUCCUCAGCGAUCCGCCUUCAUCCACCGACAUCGGCCUCCUUUCGGGGGAGGGGGCACCUUCCGCUCCAUCCCCGCUGAGAUUCUCGGGAGGCGCGGGCCUCAAGCCCUCUCAGAUAGCUCUGACGCUCAUGAUUCUGGCUGUGGCCGCCCUUCCACUGCAGAUAUUCGUAUACCCUUGCGUCAGCUACAAGCUCAAGCCCAUCGGAACCCUGCGGUGCUUUCUCUGGUGUCUGGCUCUGGCUUUCGCUAUCACUCCUCUCAUAGCCGUCACGGUCAAAACGCCAUUUUUCAUGUGGCUCAUCAUCGUGGCGGUCCAACUGCUCAUGGUCCUUACCGCGGCCAUGGUGGUGCCCUCAGCGACAUUGAUGACGAACAAUUCCGCUCCGAGCCCUGCAGCCCUGGCGGCAACCCAUGGCUUGUCCGUCACCUUGUCCGCAAUGGCCCGGACAAUAUGCCCACUCGCCGCCGGUCACGUUUACGCUGCCAGCCAGGCUCACCAGAACGGGGGUCUGGCGUGGUGGUUGAUGGCCGGCAUAGCCACCUGUGUCUGCGCCAUGAGCUGGUUCCUCCGCGAUGGAACCGAACAGAAUGCCAAAGCUUGGCCAGUGGAAGAGGACGCACCCUCGCGCUGA